AGAAAUCAUAUGUAUAUGGGAGAGAAGAACCAAAAGGAGCAGCAACGAGAAAUACUCUCGCAGCCGCAAACCCUAAAGGGAAGCACAGAGGGUGACGGGGUGUCCGAUGGGAUUUCUCUCAUCAUGGCUGCUCUAUAUCAGAGCACAGACUCUUCCUCGCCAAAUAAAUUUUUGGCUCUCAAGGACGUCAGAGAAGUGAAAGAAGAGACCACCUUGGAUGAAAAGCUGUUCUUGCUGGCCUGUGAAAAAGGCGAUUAUUACAUGGUCAAAAAACUUCUGGAAGAAAACAGCUGCACAGAUGAACUGAACAUUAACUCAGUGGACGUCUUGGGGAGAAAUGCAAUUACAAUAUCCAUUGAAAACGAGAACUUGGACAUACUGCAGCUUCUUCUGGAUCAUGGCUGUCAGUCUACAGAUGCGCUUCUGGUGGCAAUUGACUCUGAAGUGGUGGGAGCCGUGGACAUCUUGUUGAACCACCGACCAAAAUGGACCACAAGGCCAACUAUUGUAAAACUCAUGGAGCGUAUACAGAACCCAGAGUACUCUACAACUAUGGAUGUGGCCCCGGUUAUUCUAGCCGCUCAUCGGAACAACUAUGAAAUUCUUACUAUGCUCUUGAAGCAGGAUGUGUCUCUCCCCAAGCCCCAUGCUGUUGGCUGUGAGUGUACUCUAUGUACAGCCAAGAACAAAAAGGACAGUUUAAGACACUCAAGAUUUCGACUUGAUAUUUAUCGAUGUUUAGCCAGUCCAGCCCUGAUCAUGCUUACAGAAGAGGAUCCAAUUUUACGAGCUUUUGAACUGAGCGCAGAUUUGAAGGAACUCAGUCUUGUAGAAGUAGAAUUCCGGAACGAUUAUGAAGAACUUGCUCAGAAAUGUAAGACCUUUGCCAAAGAUUUACUGGCCCAGGCUAGGAACUCACGGGAACUUGAAGUCAUCUUAAACCAUCAGUCCAGCGAUGAACCUGUGGACAAGCGAGGGCUAUUAGAGGAACGCAUGAACCUCAGCCGUUUGAAGCUGGCAAUCAAGUACAACCAAAAAGAGUUUGUGUCACAGUCCAACUGCCAACAGUUCCUCAACACAGUCUGGUUUGGACAAAUGGCGGGCUACAGAAGGAAGCACACUUGCAAGAAGAUUUUGAUUGUUCUCACUGUUGGCAUAUUUUGGCCUGUCCUCUCCAUCUGCUACUUAGUCGCCCCGAAGUCACAAGUGGGACGUAUCAUUCACACCCCUUUCAUGAAGUUUAUAAUACAUGGAGCUUCCUACUUUACAUUCCUUUUGCUUCUCAACCUGUAUUCUUUGGUUUACAAUGAAGACAAGAAGAACACGAUGGGACCAGCGCUGGAGAGAAUAGACUUCCUUCUCAUUAUGUGGCUGAUAGGAAUGGUUUGGUCUGACGUCAAACGGCUUUGGUAUGACGGAUUGGAGGACUUUUUAGAGGAAUCACGAAACCAGCUAAGUUUUGUAAUGAAUUCCUUGUACUUGGCAACCUUUGCUCUAAAGGUGGUGGCUCACAGCAAGUUCCACUCCAUUGCAGAGAGGAAGGACUGGGAUGCUUUCCAUCCUACGCUGGUGGCCGAAGGUCUUUUUGCUUUUGGAAAUGUGCUUAGUUACCUCCGUCUCUUCUUCAUGUACACAACCAGCUCUAUCUUGGGUCCUCUCCAGAUAUCAAUGGGCCAAAUGUUGCAAGACUUUGGGAAGUUCCUGGGUAUGUUUCUCCUUGUGCUCUUCUCGUUCACCAUUGGCCUGACCCAGCUGUAUGACAAACGUUAUCCCACUAGUGAACAGAAAGACUGCGUGGGGAUUUUCUGUGAGCAGCAAAGCAAUGACACCUUCCACUCUUUCACUGGGACAUGUUAUGCUCUGUUCUGGUACAUCUUUUCUCUGGCGCAUGUCGCCCUCUAUGUGACCAGAUUUACUUACAGUGAGGAGCUUCAGUCGUUUGUGGGAGCAGUUAUUGUUGGCACAUACAACGUUGUGGUUGUGAUCGUCCUCACCAAGCUUCUAGUGGCCAUGCUGCACAAAAGCUUCCAACUCAUAGCUAAUCAUGAGGAUAAAGAGUGGAAAUUUGCAAGGGCUAAGCUUUGGCUGAGCUAUUUUGACGACAAAUGCACUCUGCCCCCUCCUUUCAACAUUGUUCCUUCUCCCAAGACUAUCUGCUACUUAUUGAACAGUAUGAGCAAAUGGAUCUGUUCCCAUACACCUAGAGGAAGGGUAAGGAGGCAGAACAGCUUGAAGGAGUGGAAGAGCCUGAGGCAGAAACGAGAUGCGAAUUACCAGAAAGUCAUGUGCUGCCUGGUGCACCGUUACCUGACAUCCAUGAGGCAGAAAAUGCAAAGCACAGACCAGGCCACGGUGGAGAACUUAAACGAACUCCGGCAAGAUCUGUCAAAAUUCAGAAACGAGAUGAGGGAUCUUCUGGGGUUCCGCACCUCAAAAUAUGCAAUGUUCUAUCCACGGAACUAGGAGUUGUUUCCUGAACAGUAUUUUGUUUAUAAGGCCUUUCCUCACACUCAGUUAAUGGCAGCAUUAAUUUACCGUAUUUGGUUCUUCACAUUCAUCCUAAAUAACAUUGCUUGCUCACAUUUAAUCGGUGGACUUCAUGAUCAUUUUCUUUCUUCCUUAGAAAGGUUUACCUUUUUUUGCAAAUUCUUUCACUUGAAUGCAACCAGUGGAACCAAAACAUUCCCUCAAAGUGUAUCUGACACCAAAAAUAACCUUGACUUCAAACACUAGACAUUGUUGUGUUUGCAUUGUUAACAGAAUAUAUGGCAGUUUCCAAGAUAUUUGUAAUAAAAUAUUUCAGUCUA